AUGAAUUGUAAUUUGAGGUUAAUGAAUUGUAAUUUGUAAUGUAUUUUACAUGUGUUUGUAUACCAAAACAUGUUCCAAGUUCUCACAUAAACAUGUAAUUUAGUCCAAUCGAUAGAUCAAUAAUAUUGUUCUGGAAGUGAAAUAUAUGUGCAAAUAUGUUGUACGACGAAUUCAAACCUAUAGUGGACCUUGUUUUUAAUAACUGGACCGCCUUGCAAUUGGCAGUGGAACAUGGUAUGGGUGCACCGGGAGGAGAAAAGACAGCCCAACUCAUGUCUGUUUAUGUAGCAAGGUACUGUGUGGAAAAUGUAUCAGACAGGGAUGACUUAACAGAAGUUUUAGAGGAUUUGAUGGAUGAAGAGUUUGAGACUGUGUGCCAUGAUAAUUCACCUAAAGAAGUUGCAUCUCUGCUUCUCUUGUACCUUGGUCUGCUAAAGGAGGGCAGACAUGAAGAGCUUAGAGAUAUCUUAGACCAAAUGCCCAAAACACAGAAAUGGCUUAGUGAACCAAUACACAAGUCUGUGCCACCUCAAUGUCAUGGCAACCCAGAUGAUGACACAACUAGUAGCAGCGGUACAGACGGCAGCGACAGUGAAGAAGGAGGAGAUAGAGAAGAAAACGGAGAAGUGGCAGCUUGUUCGACAGCAAACGAUAAACCUGAGCCCAUGGAUGAAGAUGCUGACCCUGGGUGGACUGUUGUGACUACACGCAGGAGGAAAUAAGAGUACCAUAUUCACUUUUUUACCUAAUAAUACAAAAAAUUACACUCCAUGUCACAUGACAUAAUGAGUAAGGGCAAUGCUGUGUAAAGAUGAAUGCACACUUAUCCUACCAAACAAGUUGAACUUAGUUACUUAACGAAUUUUAGAAAUCUGUAUCUAACGAAUUUUAGAAAUUCAGAUGAUUACAUGCCACAAGUGUGUGAGGUUUCAUGAGAUUUCAUAUACAGAAAUAAUUUUGUUUGACUAGUUCAACAUGUUAGGUUCAGAUAAGUAUGCAUUUACCUUUAGUGUAUUUUAUUGUGUUGCCACAACAUACUAAUAGGGCAGAAGCCUUGCAAUGAUCUGCAACAUAACAUAAUCCUAUUUUACUAAAAGAUGUGUACAAGUUUCACUUUUUAUUUUUAUUUUUUAAAAGAAUAUUUGCCUAAGAAUAUGAUAAAUAUGGCAAAUAUUAUUUUUUAAAAACAAAAAAAAAAUUACAUCAUCAUCAAAAUGAGUUUACUAUCCAAUUAAAUGAUGGAAUCACUGCAUUGAGUGGCAGUUAGUCACUGAGCUGGUCUGAGUUUUAAAAUAAAUGGAUGAUGAAAAUGUUUAAAUUUAAUUUCAAAACAAUAAAAAUGGAAAACAAGUGUCCAAAUUAUUUUUUUAUAUUAUUGUCAUCUAUUUGUCAUUCAACUUGUUAUCAAUUUAAUAUGAGUUCAGUUUAUUAUUACUUAUCCUAAUCAGUCCUACACAAUUUUUUUGUGAAAUAUUACUAAACAUUUUUGAAAAUAUAACAUCAAUUUUCUAUUACAACUGCAAAAAGGUAACAAUCUGUGCAGUAUAAUGAAUUUUUAUUAUUGAAAUAAUAAAUAAUAUUAUCAAAAAUAUAACAGUAAAACUUAUUAAUAUAAGUAUUAGUAGUAUUGUUACGAGUAAAUGUCUGAUUUUGUUUUUCAUAUAGAAGAAGCACAAUAUUUGUUUCAAUACAAUUUUGUUUUUAUUAGAAGUCACCACUGAUUUUAAAUAAAGCCCACGUUAAAUUAAAAUUACGCAAACACAAUUAGUUACACAUUAGAUAGUUGCACAAUAGUAGAGUUUGGUAACUUUAUGGGUGUUGUUAAUUUUUUUUAAAUAUAAAACUGUCAUCAAUGUAAUUGUUAAAGAUUUAGAUUGUUGAUACGUCUAUGUUAAAUUGUAAAAAAAUAAAGCACAUGUAUUUAAUUAACACACACUAAAUUACCUAUUUGUUAUGUUUGAAUGGGAGCAUUGGUUGUCAUAGUGGCUCACUAACAGACGCCAUGGUUUCCCGUGGGAAUAUAGGGAUAAUGUAUGGCCUAUAGCAACCGGGGAUAACGUAGCUUCCCAACAAUGAAAGAAUUUUUGAAAAUGGUUCAAUAGUUUCAGAGCCUAUUCAAAGCUAACGACCGAACAAUCAAAUCUUUCUUCUUAUAUAAUAUAGCGGACGCCCGCGACUUCGUCCGCGUAAAAAUUGAUGUAAACUUCUCUACCUCUACCUUACCCUGCUCGUAAACCUACCCAACCCUACCCUACCCCUACCUUACUCCUACCCUACCGCUAACCCUUCCCUCCCCCCACCUUACCCUACCCUAACCCUACCCGUAACCUAUCCAUACCCUAUCCUAGCCUACCCCUAAUCUACCCCUACCCUACCCCUACCUUACGCCUACCCUACCGCUAACCCUAACCCUUCCCUACCCCUACCUUAUCCCUACCCUAACCCUACCCUACCCGUACCCUACCCCUACCCUACCCUACCCCUAUCCUACUUUUCCCCUACCCUAUACGUUCCAUAUCCUUCCCCUACCUCUACCUUGCCCCUACCCUACACUACCCCUACCUUAUCCGUACCCUACCCUACCCUACACUUUCCCUAAAUUACCCCUACCCUACCUCUGUCCUACCCCUUCCCUACCUCUAUACUAUCCCUACCCUCAGCAAAAUUGGUCCAGCCUUUUGUGCGUGGUGCAAUGACCAAAAGACUAUAAUUUCCCAAGCGACUUCUAUGCUAAUACUAUAAAGAGGUAAAGUUUGUGUGGUUGUCGGGGGUAAUCUCUGGAUCUACUGGACCGAUUUGGAAAAUUCUUUUACCAAUAGAAAGCUACAUUAUUUGCGAGUGUCAUAGGCUAUGUUUGGUCCUCAUAUUCAUACGGGAACGGGAACCACGUAAUUGAAACCGCGGGGCGUCAUAUAGCGGCAUUUCUGCGACUUUCAGAAAUUUUGUAUUAUCUCCGAAACUAUAUAACUAAUUAACAUACUGUAAAGGGCAAAUCUUAUCUCUAUAAUAUCCUUGUGAUUAUUAAAUCAUUUAUUUUGAUAAGGAUUUAAGUUUAGUUGUGUAAAUAAUGACGUAAACCUUAGUUUAAAAUUUAAAUAAUUUAUUAAAGUACUAAAGGUACUAUAUCUGCUAAAAUAUAAAAGAUAGAUAUAUAGUGUCGCGGACUUAUUUGUAGAACUUUUAAGGCUUCAAAAAGCCUCCAUACAUUUAUUUCAGUUAUACGCAAUGGUUGAGGCAGCGCAUGCGAAUAAGUAAGUUUUUCGGUCUGACCUGUAAGAGAAAACCCGCGAUAUCUCAGUAGUUAUAUAUGAUAGAAAUAUAAAAUAUAGCCUAUAGCACUCCCCGAUAACGUAGCAUUCUACUGGUGAAAGAAUUUUUAAAAUCGGUCCAGUAGUUCCGAAGAUUACCCCAUUUCAAAAAAUUGUUACAAACUUACAAACUUACAAACUUUACCUCUUUAUAAUAUUAGUAUAGAUAAGAUAACUUUAAACUGGAAAAUAUUGAUAAAAUAUCCUUAGAUUAACUAGUAAACUAUAUCUACUGUUAAAACUAUGGAAUAAUCAGACAUAUCUUCAAUUGAAAUCUUUGAUUAAUUGUUUUAAAUUAUCAUCUCAUCAUAAUAAGUAUGCUGACUACAGAUUUCCUGUUCAUAUAUAUUAAUUGUAUAUUUACAUGUUUAGAAAACUUUCACAUUGGGUUAUUCUGUUUUUCAGUAAAUUUAAUGUUAAACAAUUAUGUUUUAUUUAUUAACAGUGUUUUACUGCAAUGUCUUGUGAGUUUGUUCCAUAUGUAGGUACUUGUAUUAUUAUGUGGUAUGCUCUACAUAUUAUGUGUCUAUAUUUUGUAAAGUUGUUAUUUAUUUAUAAGGGAGUUCAAAAAUUGAGAGGUUUUUGAUUUCAUCAGAUAUUACUCAAGUGUCAAUAAUUUAUUAUUUCUAAAAUAUUAUUAAACUGAAAGUUAUAAUUCCUAAUAAGCAACAUUUAAUAAUUAGAAGAUAUUAUUCUCUUGAAAUGUCUUCUGCUAUUAAAUAGAUUUAAUUUAGAUUUGAGAAUCUAUUUGUAAUAUUUUUACCUGUGAAAAAUGUUAUCUUUAAAACUGGUGAACUAGGAAAUUUGCAGCCGAAUUUUAUACCUACAUUUAAUUCAUAAACUAACAAAUUGUAAUGCAAAAUGUAGCAUUUUAAUGUAGGUAGUGUAACUGAUUAUAAAUAUACCACUGUAGAAUUUAUUUUGUACUGUUUAAAUAAAAAUUGUUGUAAGUUUAUUUUAUCAACCACUUUUAUUUAUUAAAUAAAUGUGCUAAAUGUUG